GUUUAGGCUCAUAUAUCAGCUCAUAUGUUCGUUGCAAACAGAGGUUGCAAGAAGAAACAAAGUUCGUUUGGUACAGAGUGUGACCUUUGUACUAAGAAAAUUAUAGAAUAAUGGAUGUUUUCAAUCAAUUUACUGCAUUUGUUGCUACAAUUCCUCCUGUAGUCCAAGUUCUGUUCAUAGUAUUAUGUGCGUUUAUCAUUCGUAAGUUGCUUAAGCCACGAGUGGCCGAGAAAGAUGAUCUCGAAGGAGAGAGACGUUUUUCUUUGCCACCGAUGAAGAAACGUGAUUUUACUGCAAAAGAACUUCUCGAAUUUGAUGGAAUAAAGAGUGAAAGAGUAUUGCUUGCAGUGUGUGGCAAAGUCUUUGAUGUUACAAAGGGAAAAAGCUUUUAUGGACCAGGUUUGAUUAUUGUUGCUUUAAUAGCAAAUAUGUAGUCGUCAGCAUUGGUUAUAAAUUGAUAAGAAACAGAUAUACUCUAGUGACAAUAACAAGGACACUCUAGUCAGGUGCUAAACAUUUCCACAAUUCCAGUAUAAAGACAUAGCUAAUAGUAAAGGUUUCACAAAACAAACAUUGAGUAAAGGUAGUGUAAUAUAAUAACUUAAAAUACUCAUUAAUAAUUAAUAAAACUUGUGGCAAAUCAUGUCAGCCAUAAUAUGUCACGUGGAGUGACUUUAUAUCUGAUAAAACUCAUCUUCAUUAGUAUUCUUUGUAUAAUUGUUCAUCCUAAUUAGUAUUCUUUUGUAGCUGUAGUUUAAGCUAUUCAAAACACUCGUUGUCGUGUUUUAUCAGACAUAAAACGCUCGGCUGCGCCUCUCGUUUUAUAUCUGAUAAAACACUCCUACUCGUGUUUUAAAUAGUACUUAUUCAUAAUGCAUUACUUAGGUUAUUAAUAAUCUAUUCAGUACGAAGGGCUGAUAUUAGCAAUUUCAACAUUGGCUAUGUUUGUUGAUGGUUUUGCCCCCCCCCCCCCUAAAUUGAAGUAACAGAUUGUAUUAAAUGCCGAAGUGGGGCUUCGGUUGUGCAGUCGUCAGAGCAAACACCUUUCACCUCUGAGAAUGUGGGUUUGAUUCUUGCUACGGGCCAGGGUUCCAAAUGGCAUUUUGCUUGUGCCUAGGGUUCAGUAUUAAAAAAAUUAAUAGCCCAAUUUUCAAGUAUUGAAGUACCUCCCCCCCCCACCCCCUAAAACUUUUUGCAAGAGGCUUAUAAGGUUAGCGCAAAUGAAUUAAUGAUACAUGUUUUGAUAUGUAUUUAGUAAUAUAUGGCUGUAAAGUAUAGUCCAUUUUACAGGUUUGAUACCAGUACUGAUGGAAAUUGGCAUGACUGCACUAUAAAAACAUUAUAAUUAGUGACAAUUGCAAUACAAUUACAAUACACACAAUUUUAGCAUUUCUGGUAUUGGUAAUGUCUUUAUAAAAUUGCCAUUCUAAGUUCUUUUGAAAAUCAAUACUAGACAAUUUGCAUGUUAGCAAAGCAUUGGGAAAAGUGGUGACCAUAAAUAUUGUGACGUUAUAAAGUUACCGUUUGUGAGUGCAGCUUAGAGAUGAGUGUGAUAUACUUUUACAAUUCAUGUAUAGAGUCUAUAUAUAGACGUUGGUUUAUAUAAUAAAAACUCUAGUUUUAGUACUCAAACUAAAAAAACAAGACCAUGCCUAUGCCCACAUUAUUAGAAACAACAGCUUUAAAAACAACACCGAAGAAUCCAAUUUAGUUGAUGACUAUCUCUUAAAAAUUAUAAUGUAAUGUAAUGUAUGUUUUUCAUUUCGUCAUUGCGUAAAUAAUCAUUGCCUCAAUAAAUGAGUGAUAAGCGUAAUAACCAUAAUUGGUAGCUGUACUGAAUACAAGGAAUAUAAUGUAUUUCUUGCCUUUUUUCUGUUUACACCGAUGUUAUUGCGACAGAUUUGCGCAAAUGUAAUUUGAUAUAACGCAUUGUAAUUAUAUAAAUGCAAAGUGAAACUGCCUAGUUUUCUGGGCGUGAGAAGGUGAAGAAGACUGGGAACGUCCUAGUUUUUUGUGCGCAGGGGUCUGAGAACGUCCUAGAAUUACCUUAUUUGGAAAAAAACUAGGCUGUUGUCGUCAAAAACUAGGACGUUCCCAGACUCCAAAAUACCAAUUGCGCGUAAUGACGUUGUUUUAAUCUAAAUCUAGACAUGUUGACAGAAUAAAAACAUUCCUAAAACAGACAUUAUUAAUAUAAUAUGGAAACAGCUUUACAUACGGUAUUAAAAUAGCAAAAUAUUUCGAAAUUAAGCACGAUAAUGUAGAAUACACGUACACAACACAAACUGACAACUGAUUUUGUGACCUAUAUCAGGGCGUCCUAGUUUACGCUUUCUGGUUGCCUAGUUUUUCAAUUUUUACCAUUUUUUGCCUAAAAUUGGAAAAUUUAUGAGAUUGGGUUCCCAGGCACAACUGGCCUCAUUUGGAACCUUGUACGGGCCCAUGUGAAAAGAGUCUGUCAACGCUCUGCCGAAAGUUGUGGGUUUUCUGUGGGCGCUCCGGUUUCCUCCCACAGGGAAAGUUGAGAGGUUGGGUUAGGAUAAACACAGAUACGAAAGUAAUAUCACAAUUGUUGUAAAGAUAAUUAGUCUAGCCCAACUAGGUAAUACAAAUCUCCACUAAACAAGUAAAAUCGUCUCGUGUUAGACAAAGUAAAAUAAUAAACUAAGGUGCAUUAAAUUGUUAAUUUAAAUAAAAUACAUUAGCAAGUUAGCAAUUAUAAAAAUAUAGUAAUAUUUUGAUUUUACAAAGACUAUAUUUAUCAAUAGAUUUGGAAAUUUUUUGUGUUGUUAUUAUUACUGUAAUUUUGCAGCAUGUGCAGUGCCAACAUGUAGCAACUAAUGCAUGUUAUUAGUUCUUUUAAUAGCAUGGCGGAAACUAGGGGGGCGGGGGGGGGAUGCCCCCCCAAUAAUUUUACCUAGCUUUCAUUUUGAAAAAUGAGACGCACGUGCAGUGUGCUAUACUUGUCCAAUAAGGAGCUCUCAUAGCCGGAUGACGUCAAAAGUCAAGCGUUUUACCUUUAGAAUCGAUUUCUGGCAUUUACAGAGUCAUACCAUAGAAACGUAGAAAUGUUUUGACAUUUUGAAAUUGUAUUUCCGGUAGAGAUUUGAUAAAGAUGCAAAUUUGAAGAUAUAGGCUCGAAAAAGACGCUCUAAAUAGUGUUUCUGAUAGCGAUUUGAACACGACUAUUACAAAGAAGAUACGUCCGAAGGGGCUGAAGUUAUGUUCAGGGAAAGGUUUGGCUAGUCUAUAUCAUUACGAUCUCGCUUGACUUUCAAAGGUCAUAAAUCGCUACAAUGUUGGCAAUGACAAACUAUCGUAAGGAAUUAGUUGAUAUUGUUUCACUGAAUCGAUUGGUGGUAUUAUUGUCUUAUAGCAUGCACUGAACCGAAGAUAUAAACAUACAAAGUCGUCAGCUUCUAGAAGUUGACAUGCAUGGGACUUGUCGAGAAAGAGUUAAACCACUUUGCAAUUCCAUUCACAAAUGUAUUUAAUCAUCUAGAAUAUUUUCUCUGAAAUGUCGUUUUUUUAUGCUUAGCAUAUGAUUUAUAACACAACGCACCAUUAAAAUAAUGUUUUGAAAACCUGAAAUUUCUUACAAAAUGUGCUCUCAGAAUGUUGCAAAUGCCAUUUCAGGGAUCCAAAUUUUAAAAAUUUUCUGGGGGAGCAUUCCCCCAUACCCCUUAGAAAUCAUGUGCCUUCUGCACCCCAAUAAUCUGCCCAAUAUUUCGCAAAGUUUCCACCACUGGUUGUAUGUUAUAGCCACUUCCGAUGAAGGGUCUGAAAUCCCGAUAUCCACAGGAUACUAAAAUUUGGUUCUGGGUAUGUCACAAAAUUUCAAAUAUUAAGACAAUACUAAAUGUCUCCAGUGCUCUCCCUAUAGCUUUGAAUACUAUGAGUCUGCAUUCUUCAAGAUAACCAGCCUUUGGUUUCUAACUUGGUGGUCUAGUUGUUGGCUGUUGAGUCUUCUAUUGUUACUGUAAUUUAUAACAAUAAGAGACAUCAUGUUUCGCUCGCUACUCUGGUUUAAAUAAAUGAUUACAAAGGCCAGUCGAAUUGUAAUCAAGACCCAACGUUUCGACACUCUAGUCUAGUGUCUUCAUCAGGGGUGAUCUAAAACUGCGAUCGUGGCUUCUUAAAUACCCAAGGGAUGACGUCACCUGCCAAGAAGAUGCAUAUAUUCUUCUGGCAAAUAGGCGCCGUCAUCCCUAUUCAACGCAUGAUGACUCAUAUUUAUAUGCCACGCUUCUAGGCAAAGUCUUUGACCAUAGCGAUUUUUUGUGGUAAUUACUUUAGAGUUUUCCCACGCAAUCUCGUGUUUGGUGUAACAUACAUGUUCGGCUAAAGCUGAUUUUCCCUUGUCUAAAGUUGAAACAGCCUUUUGAUGUUCUUUUAGCCGUGUACCAAACUGGCGUUUAAACUGACCCAAAUACUCUUUGUCGCAGUCACCGCAUGGUAUAGAAUAUAUAGCAUGAGUCUUCUGAUUUUUUUUUCAACAGGAUCUUUUGGCUUUGCGAAAAUAUGGCCUAAGGUCAAAUAGGGCUGGCAGGUGACGUCAUCCCUUGGGUAUUUAAGAAGCCACGAUCGCAGUUUUAGAUCACCCCUGAUGAAGACACUAGACUAGAGUGUCGAAACGUUGGGUCUUGAUUACAAUUCGACUGGGCUUUGUAAUCAUUUAUUUAAACCAGAGUAGCGAGCGAAACAUGAUUGAUAUACCUGGUUGCAGUGAACGAACAAACUUUAUAAAUAAGAGACAUGUACUGUAUACUUACUUUGAUGGUUCAGGGAUGCCAACGUUUAUGGUAACCAGUAUCCAGCAGUGGGAUACCUGAUUCUCGGAAAGGAUACCAAACUUUGAAUCCUGAUAUCCCAGUGGGGUACUGAAAAAUAUUUUGAAUUUCAGACCCUGCGAUGCUUGAGAAAGUAUAAAGUUCAGCCCCUUUAUAAGUGCAAUCAUCUGGAAUUAAGUAGAAUGACUUCACAAAGAGUGUACUGGUAGCUACACUGUAGUGGGUGAACAAGAGAUAUGGGCAGAUUAAAUUAAAAUUUCCUUGAUAAGUAAAAAUGUUAGAGUAAAAUCAUAGGCAACCCAGCAAUAAUAAGAAAGCUGUGGAUUGAUAGGGAUACAAUUAUCUGAAAAAUACAAGGAGAACUUCUACAUUUCCAACUUCUACAAGGAGAACUUCUACAAGGAGAACUCCAAUCAUCUGGAAUUAAGUAGAAUGACUUCACAAAGAGUGUACUGGUAGCUACACUGUAGUGGGUGAACAAGAGAUAUGGGCAGAUUAAAUUAAAAUUUCCUUGAUAAGUAAAAAUGUUAGAGUAAAAUCAUAGGCAACCCAGCAAUAAUAAGAAAGCUGUGGAUUGAUAGGGAUACAAUUAUCUGAAAAAUACAAGGAGAACUUCUACAUUUCCAACUUCUACAAGGAGAACUUCUACAAGGAGAACUCCUACAAGAAGAACUUCUACAGUUCCAACUUCUACAAGGAGAACUUCUACAAGGAGAACUUCUACAAGGAGAACUUCUACAAGGAGAACUUCUACAAGGAGAACUUCUCAACUUCUACAAGGAGAACUUCUACAAGAGAACUUCUACAAGGAGAACUUCUACAAGGAGAACUUCUACAAGGAGAACUUCUACAAGGAGAACUUCUACAAGGAGAACUUCUACAAGGAGAACUUCUACAAGGAGAACUUCUACAAGGAGAACUUCUACAAGAAGAACUUCUACAAGGAGAACUUCUACAAGAAGAACUUCUACAAGGAGAACUUCUACAAGAAGAACUUCUACAAGGAGAACUUCUACAAGGAGAACUUCUACAAGGAGAACUUCUACAAGGAGAACUUCUACAAGAAGAACUUCUACAAGGAGAACUUCUACAAGGAGAACUUCUACAAGGAGAACUUCUACAAGGAGAACUUCUACAAGGAGAACUUCUACAAGGAGAACUUCUACAAGGAGAACUUCUACAAGGAGAACUUCUACAAGGAGAACUUCUACAAGGAGAACUUCUACAGGGAGAACUUCUACAGGGAGAACUUCUACAAGGAGAACUUCUGCAAGGAGAACUUCUACAUGGAGAACUUCUACAAGGAGAACUUCUACAAGGAGAACUUCUACACCUUCAUCGGGAAGUUAGUAUGUAUAAGCUACAAACUUCCCAACGAAGGGGCUUCGCUCAAAACGUUCUGCUCGCAAUCUAACUAUUAUCCUCAAACAGAAACAUUUUAUAAUAAUUAACAGAAACACUUUGAACACAUUUUUAAAACUUUUAUUGUUAUUAAUUUAAACACAUUUUUAAACGUUUAUUUGUUAUUAACAGUCUAGAUAAUAGUAUAUUUGUUGGACUGCCUAAAAUAAGAAAGUAGAGUGCAUGAAGCCCAGCUGAAAAUGUUGUUAUUUUUUGUGUUUAGGUGGUCCAUACUCAGCAUUUGCUGGUCAUGAUGCUAGUCGAGGGUUAGCAACAUUCAGUGCUGAAGUAAGUGCAGUGAAAGAGGAGUAUGAUGAUUUAUCUGAUCUCAAUAGUAUGCAACUGGAGUCUCUGAGAGAAUGGGAAAUGCAGUUCAUGGAGAGAUAUGAACAUGUUGGAUCGUUAUUAAAACCUGGCGAAAAACCAAAACAAUAUGAAGAGUCUGAAACAGAGGAAGAAGAUGAUAAGAAAAAAUAAACACAGAUGAAAGAAACAGAACAAUUCCACUACAAUAGACAUCACAGCAAAUAUACAUCUUUAUUUAGGAAAAGUGAGCUAGGGACGAAUGAAAUCACAACUUUUUAUUUAAAAAGACGAAGAGUACUAUUACAACACACAUAGUUGACACUAUUAUCUAUAUUAUAUAAGUUAUACACUAAUUUAAUAGCUUAGUUUGGGACAAAAAUGAUUGACAUGGACUAGUUAAUUUAUAGCAUAGGCAAUAGUUUUGGUACAGUGGUGUACAGUAGAUGAGGGGUUCGACAAGAGAAGGCGACUAAGCUGUAUAGAUGGAUUUUAACCAUGAAAACUUGAUAAUCUUCUAUAUACUGCAGUAGAUAAGUAAAUUUGCGUUAAACUAGGGUCAUGGUCAUGGAUAUUUUUAGGGACGACUAGGAAAAUGGCAUUUUUGGGGAAUAAAUUGGCAACAGGCCAUUCGGUAAAUCCGCACCCCCACAUAUUUUUCAAACCGUCCACCACUGUUUUUCCAACUUCAGUUCUGGUACUGAUAUUUAAGAGUCAAUCAUGAUUCAUCAGCCAAGUAGGCCACAAACUCUUCUAGUGUGUCAGAGAAUAAGAAUAUAAAUUUCCUGUGCGAAACAUGCGCUAUUCAUUACAGGGUUCGUAGCGGUCUUUGAAAUCCUUGAAAGUCUUUAAAUUUGAAUGCAGGUCUUUAAGGUCUUUGAAAAGUCUUUGAAUUGUGUGAAAAAGCGAAGAAAGUCUUUAAAAGUCUUUAAAUUCUUCAGUAUUUGAUUAUACGAUUUCCUAGCUAAUAAAAUAGAUUGAUUGAAGCAAGAUUUUCGCAAAUAUCGACGAAAAGGCGCAUUUUAUAGGAUGUGAUUUGACGGGACUAAUUACCCGGGUAAAAGUGGUGCUCACACUCGCAAUUUUUCGACAGCUGAUUGCUCUCAAAGGUCUUUGAAAAGUCUUUGGAAAUAGGCAGAAAAAAUCUUUGAAAGUCUUGUUCAAGGAAAGUGAAAAGUAACAUGCCUCAGAUAAUAAAACAAUAAAACGUUUUCUUCUACUCUAUAUUUAGUUUAUCCAUAUUUAGAAAAAAAUAAAAGAAAUACCAAAUUAAAUUUGUUGGCACUCUAUUUCAAUGACAUUGCUCUGCUCCAAGCCAAUUUGAGAGCGCAGCUCGAGUGUUUUAUAUCUGAUAAAGUACGGAUUACAAGUGUUUUACAGGUACAUGGCUUAAAAAACGACGCAUCUGAUGAGUUCAUUGGCGAAGUAAUUCUAAAAAUAAACGUUGUCUAAGCGGAGAAAAUCAAAGCUAAAGUUUAUGUAAAUUAUGUAAAUUUUAUCACAUUAAAACCACCGACACGGUAG